AUAGUUGCUGGCAAGUGGGAAAUAGCAAUAGCAAUAGCAAUAGCCAACACCAUUGCCAUUUUUGCAUUUCUUUCUUUUCUGGUGUUACUGUCACCCUCCUCAGUUCCUCAUCUUCCCAUGCUGUAUGCAGCACCAUGUUAGAAGGAGGAUUUUACCGAACAUGUUGCAAAAGAGGGAGUUUUAAACGGUUCAGACGUUGGAGGAUACCUUGUCAUUUAGCAAACGGACAAGAAUGUUCAUCCUUGUUGAAUUUGUGCAUCCACCGAAUCACUCAGGACAUUGGUGAAUUUAACACAUUUUCUGCACUCCCAAGGGACUUGAGUCAGCGAAUUUUCAACAAUUUCGUUUGCUCUUGCCGUCUCACACCCGCUUCCCUCCAAGCCUUUCGAGAUUGUGACCUCAAUGAUAUUUACUUGGGAGAAUAUGGUGGUCUUGCUGUCAGUGAUGGUUGGAUGGAUGUCAUCUCAUCACAGGGAUCAUCUUUGCUUCAUCUGGAUCUUUCUGGCUCUGAUGUCACUGAUCAUGGCCUCACCUAUCUUAGAGACUGCAAAAAUAUCAUCUCUUUAAAUCUUAAUCACUGUCAUCAAAUUUCAGAUCGUGGGUUGGAGUUCAUCAGUGGUCUCUCAAACUUAACGAGUUUGAGUUUUAGAAGAAACAAUGCAAUAUCUGCUCAGGGAUUGAGUACAUUUCCUGGUCUUGUUAACUUGGUCAAGUUGGAUUUGGAGAGAUGUCUUGCGAUUCAUGGAGGCGUUGUGCAUCUUCAAGGUCUAACCAGGUUGGAAUCUCUCAAUAUGAAGUGGUGUAAUUGCAUAGAAGAUGCUGAUAUCGAGCCUCUAUCAGCGCUUACAAACUUGAAAAGCCUAGAGAUUUCCUUUAGUAAAGUCACAGAUGUUGGCAUCAGUUUUCUAAAAGGAUUAAAAAAGCUUGCUUUGUUAAAUUUGGAAGGAUGCCAUGUAACAGCUGCAUGCUUGGAUUUUCUUGCAGAGCUUCCUGCGCUGUCACACUUGAAUCUUAGCAGAUGUGAUUUUUCUAACAAUGGAUGUGAAAAGUUUUCGCGACUGGAAAAUUUGAAUGUAUUAAACUUGGGAUUUAAUUACAUAACAGAUGCAUGUUUAGUUCACUUGAAAGGAUUGACAAAGUUGAAGAGUUUGAACCUGGAUUCAUGUACGAUUUAUGAUGAAGGAUUGAUCCACCUGGCGGGCCAUCAGCAACUGAAAUGCUUGGAACUCUCUGAUACAGAAAUUGGAAGCAAUGGACUACACCAUUUAUCAGGAUUGUCUAGUCUGGAGAAAAUAAAUCUAUCAUUCACUAUGGUUAAUGAUAGUGGUUUAAGCAAACUGUGUGGCCUGUCAUCUCUUAAGUCACUAAAUUUGGAUGCCCCCCAAAUUACUGAUACUGGAUUGGCAUCCUUAACAAGUUUGACUGGGCUUACAGACCUGGACUUGUUUGGUGCACGAAUAACAGAUUCUGGAACAAACUAUUUAAAACACUUCAAGAACCUGAGGUUGCUGGAAAUAUGCGGUGGAGGGUUAACUGAUGAUGGUGUGAAAAAUAUCAAAGAGCUUUCAUCUUUGACUUGCUUAAAUUUAUCACAAAACUGCAGCCUUACAGACACUACCCUGGAGUUAAUUUCUGGGCUUACUGGUUUGAUUUCUUUGAAUGUUUCAAAUUCUGGUAUAACCAUUGAUGGGCUGCGGCAUUUGAAAAGACUAGAGAACUUAAGGUCUCUUUCAUUGGAGUCCUGUAAAGUGACAGCAAAUGACAUUAAGAAACUUCAAUCAACACACCUCCCGAAUCUUGCAAGCUUUCGACCCCAGUAAUUGGGGAGCUAUUUCAAUAUGUACUAUAUUUUGAAGCUGUACUAGCACUGCCAUACGUUACAUGAGUAAGGAAAGACAACAUUAAAUUCAACGGCUUCAAAGGGGAUUCUUUUAUUUUAUUAUUAAGGUGUGUGUAGAAAAUUUGUAUCUCAUGUGGAUCUGGGUAGGAAAGUGUUCACUGUAAUGGUGUAAAGUAUGCAAUCAAUAAUGGUUUUAAUAUUUUAAAACUGAUUAUUGAACCUGUAUAAUGGUUAGAGGGAGUGGCUAUUCUGAUAUAUCUCCAAAACUACAAAACCAUCUUUAUUAGGAAAAAAAAAACUGUUGAUCUUUCUUCUUGAACUUCAAUGUAGAUCUGCUAGUAUGGAGACUGUUCUAACAUAAUUCACAUUGAUCC